AGCUGGCUCGCUCUCACACACACGCAACCAUACUACCGUUUGACAGCUGUUAAUAAACCAAAAUUUUUCGUAUCUAUCGAGUGCAAGUGAAGAAAAUUUCAAUCAAAUAUAAAAUUUUUCAUUUCAUUAAUUAUGAAAAUUAAUUAAUGGUAAACUAAAAAGGCAAAAAAAAAAAGUGAAUUUAAUUGUGAGUUUUUCUUAGAAAAGAUGUCGGAAAUUGUAAUAAAGACGGAAAAAGAUGAGGAACUUGAAGAUGUGAAACCAGUGCUAGUAAUAAAAGAAGGCGGCGGUGGUGGUGUUAGUGGUUCUGCUGGUGAUGGCGGUGGUGUUAGUGCUAGUUCUAGUGUUGUUGCAAAUGUGGGCCCAAAAGCAAUUGCUAUAGAAAAAACCCAAGCGGCCCUAAAAGUGGCAAACGAAGCCAAGCAAUUAAAUCUCAGAUUAAGGGAACAACAGCCACAGAGGCAGCAGCAGCAGCAGCAACCACACAGCACAAAUCAAAUUGGCAAAAGAGCCAGUAGUACUGCGCUGGAACAUUUGCAGGCAGAUAAAAAUGACACCACCAAUUUACCCUACAAAGUGGGCAAUAAACGUUAUCGGGUACAAACACCCGUACGUUAUGCAAAACAAAUAAAUACCCCUACGCCGCCGCCUCUGUUACGACCACCACCACCACUAGCUGCCCCUACUGAUCCUUCGAAAUGCGGUGAAAUAUUUGUUACUAACAAUGCCAGAAAAUGGACUUUUGUUUGCACUUUUUGCCAAAAGACCACCCGGGAUAUAGGAGAAUUUGUGUGCCACAUUAAAUAUAAACACAUGACGGACCAAUACCAGGAAGAUGAGGACUAUGAAGGCGAAGAUAUUGCAACACAACAACAAGAGGAGCUAAAUGAUGAGUUUACCAGCCGCCAGGAUGAUAACUACACUAAUCACGAUCAAGAUUAUUUCGAUUGUACCAACUAUUUGGAUGUAAAUGUACACACUGAGGCCGAUGAACUGUCUACUAAUAAUGGCGUAAAGGCAAAAGCAAAUGCAAAAUCUUUGCGCCCAUCGACUACAAAACCAGACAACCAAAGUUGGCCAAUGCAGAAAAGUAAAUAUGUGGUAGAUUUAUUGGAUGAUGAUGAUGAUGACCAGGAUAAUGCUACAGAAGCCCAUGAUGACUCGUACCAGAAAACAGAGCUGUUUGAUUAUGAAAUGGAGGAGGAUGAGGAUGGUGUGGAGAUAGUAGACGAUGACAACGAUGAAUUGGAGGCCAUGGAAGAUGAUAAAUUACUAUUUCUAAGAUCAAGCUCUAUAGAAGAUGCCGCAGGAGAUGUUGGUGGUGGUGGUGGCAAGAGUGGCAGCAAGAAAUAUCGCUCACAUGUUAGGGGUAAGGCCUAUUGUAAUUUAUGCGACAAAACGUUUCAAUACUAUUCGCUCUAUCGCAAUCACAUGAUUAAACAUUCCAAUGUAACGCCCUACAAAUGUCAGUACUGCAGCAAAGCCUUCAAAUCCAAACAGGCCAUACGCUAUCACAUGAAUACCCAUACCAAGGAGGUGCAAUACACAUGUCCACUCUGUCCCAUGACCUAUGGUACGGAAAAUCAAUUUAUUACCCAUGUCCUAAAUCACGAAAGUGACACUUGUUUUCCCUGCAUGGUGUGUGCGAAAAUCCUAAAGAGCGAUCAAGCUCGCGACGAACAUUUGUCCACACAUUCGGAAGAGCGUCCGUUUGGUUGUGGCUUCUGCAACAAACGUUUUCGUCAAAAGCAUCAUCUAUCGAAUCAUUUGAAAUUGCAUUGUCACUAUCGCUGUGAUUUCUGCAAAGAGGAAUUCUCCUCAACACAAACCCAACGGCGUCCCUAUGCUUGUCCCCUGUGCGAAGAGUAUCCCGAGGUCAGAAUACAGGUGGAGAAACAACGUUCGAAAACGUUAAACAAUAGCGAUGUUAAUCCAUUGGAAAUAACAUAUGAAAAACAAGAUCCUGCCGACACAACGGAAUGUGUGGAUUUGGCAACGGAUGAAGAGGACGUUGAGAGCGAGACCAGCACCAGUCUGUUGGUGGGAGCAAAUGGUCAAAAGCGUAUCACAUGCCAAUAUUGUCCACGCUCCUAUAAACAAAACAGUGCUCUUAAUUAUCAUAUGAGACAAAAGCAUCCCCAUAUUAUUAGAGAAAUGAAGUAAAGUAAGAGAAUUUUUUGCUUAAAAUGAAACAUUAAGUGGCUAGAAAUUGGAAUUUAUAAGUGCUUUAACAACAAAAGAUAAACAAAGGUGGCGGAAGAUAGUGUUAGCCUAAAGGUUUAUUUGAGUAUAAAUUUAAAUUUCUAGAACAAAUUUGCUAAGAAAUGUCAAGGUAAGCGGCUUAUUUAAAAAAAACAAAACGUUUUGAUUUUAAUAAUUCGAAACAUUUAUUUUUUCCAUACAAAUUGUUUUUAAACAUUUGUUGUAUCUUUUUACAAAAUGAGGCCUUAAAAUUAAGACCAAAAUUAGUUUAACCUUGUAAACUGCUAACUGGUUUGGCCAGUUUUUAAAUAUUUGGAAAUUUCUUACUAAACAUUUGGUUGAAUUUGAUUUGAAAUCAAAAAAUCUUUCUCAAAUGUAAACGUUUUAGUAUCAGUCUGUUCU